UAGUAUAUUACUUUUCCAACUUGGUCAUUCAUUCUCUUCCUUCCUUCAAUAAUAGAUUACAACCAAAGAACACAACACAGGAAAAAUAAAAAUCCAGUCUUUUUCAAUAUUCCAUUUUUUGAUUUUUCUCAACAGUUCAUCACAGAAUUUCCAACUCAUGCUCAUCAUCUCCCACUAUCCCAAUUUCUUUUUGGGGGUCUGCAAAAACCAAAGUAAACAAACAAAACCCAAGUCAGUGAUUAGUGUGAAGAGGAGAGAGAAAGAAAGAGAGGGAGAGCCAAUUGGUUUGUUUCCCACCAAAGUUUCAACCUUUUUCUGGGACCGUGAAAAUUUCUUCUAAUUAAGCCUUUUUUCAAGCUCAAGUGGGUCAUUUCUUUGAGGUCCAACAAUCCCACUUGCUUAUCUUUCUUUCUUACCUGCCCUCCAUCUCUCUCUCUCUCUCUCUUUCUCUUUCUCUCUCAUAAAUGUUUUAAACUCCUUCAAUAGUCCCAAUAGUUGUUACUUUGUAUAGAAAGUUAGAUCCUUUUUCUCUCAAUUUGGGAAUUGUAUACUCUGAUUAUUCUGCUUCUGGAGGGUGAAUAAGAGGGUCUCAAAAGUAGUGAAAUUUAAUAUUUUUAUCUAUUGGGGUUUGCCAUAUGUUUGAGUAUUUGCCUCUGUGAUAUAUCUUCUUCAAAGAUUAGAUUUUUUUUUUUUUCUGAAAAGGGUAGGUGGUAACUUUCAAUUGAAGCAUCUGGGUCUUCUUAAAAUCGAAAAAGCUUCACUGUUACUACUUGAAAUCGUUUUCUUUUGUGGGUUUUCAAUGAUGGGUUGUACUUAGAUUUAGGGUCCUUUUGUGGGGUUUAGCUGUAUAAAGACAAAGAAAGUCAGAAGAGAGGGUCUUCUGUUAUUUUGUUUUUGUUUUUGGGGGUUGGAUUUCAUGCUUGGUCCAAGACAAUGGAGAUGUUUAUGGCCAGAUUUUUAUUCCUUUAGCAUUCAGUACAGAAGCUUAAGGAAAUAACAUGAAGAACUUGCUUAAGAAACUCCACAUCAUGUCAAAUCAACCAGAAGAUGUAGAAGGAGGAUCUACUUCAUCUAGGAGCAAUAAUAAGUCCAUUAUUGAUGGUUCUUCUCCUGAUAGACAUUUAGUUCCAAGGUCUCAUCAUAGUUCUGAGAACAAACCCUUUUCAGGUCUCUCUGGAUGGUUGAAUUCAGUUGCUAAUAGACAUAGCUCAAACAUUAGAACUGAGAGAACAGAACUACCAUCUGAUGAAGUUAGUAUUGUGUCUGGUUUAGAUGUUAGUUCUUCAGAUGUAUUGAGGGCUGAUUCAGGGUCUAGUAACUCAAGAGAUCCUGAUGUUGAGGAAGAAUAUCAGAUACAAAUUGCUUUGGAAAUGAGUGCUAGGGAAGAUCCAGAGGCAGUUCAAAUUGAAGCUGUGAAACAGAUUAGUUUGGGUUCUUGUGCUGUGGAUAAUACUCCAGCUGAAGUUGUUGCUUACAGAUAUUGGAAUUACAAUGCUCUUAGCUACGAUGACAAGAUCUUGGAUGGCUUCUAUGACCUGUAUGGAAUCUUGACCGAGUCCACCUCAGAAAGAAUGCCUUCCCUCAUUGAUCUACAAGGAACACCUGUAUCCGAGGGAGUUGCCUGGGAAGCAGUUUUGGUUAAUAAGGCUGCAGAUUCAAAUUUAUUGAAGCUUGAGCAGGUGGCACUAGAGAUGGCUGUAAAGUCGAGAUCAGAUUCUUUGGUUUUUGUAAAUAGCGAUUUGGUGAGAAAACUUGCUGUUUUAGUAGCCAACUAUAUGGGUGGGCCGGUUGGGAAUCCUGAAAACAUGUUGCGAGAAUGGCAAAACCUUACAUACAAUUUGAAAGCAACACAUGGGAGCAUGGUUUUGCCGCUUGGUUCUCUGAAAAUUGGAUUGGCUCGUCAUCGGGCAUUGCUAUUCAAGGUUUUGGCUGAUAGUGUGACUAUUCCGUGCCGACUAGUUAAGGGGCCGCAAUAUACUGGCUCCAGUGAUGUGGCUAUGAAUUUUGUAAAGAUUAAUGGCGGAAGGGAGUACAUUGUUGAUCUAAUGUCGGAUCCCGGCACACUCAUUCCAUCUGAUGCAGCUGGAUCGCAUAUAGAAUACGACGAUUCUUGCUUCUCGGCUAGUCCUUUAUCCAGAGACAUUGAUUCAUCUCAUGUAGCUUCUUCCAGUAGUGGAGUUGGAAGUUCAUUUGAGGAUCAUUCAGAUUUCGGGACAUUUGAAAACAAAUCUAGGUUAAGAAAUCCGCAUUCCACGGGGAGGGAUUCUGAUGACAAAGAGGAAUUAACCGCUCAUUCACAACUACCCGUGGAAUCUAAAGUUGAGGAAACAAAAGCUGAGGGAGAAUCGAAGAUUCUCUCGGACGAUUUUAAAAAACCACCCAAUGCCGAGAAGGGACUUGUGUGGGAUUUUCCGAACAAAAGUAGCUACCCUCAUGGUCAUGGGCAUGCGAGAUCUCCUUCUUGGACUGAAGGUGUCGGUUCUCCUGCUGUUCGUAAAAAGAAAGUGAAGGAUGUUUCGAAAUACAUGAUAGAUGCAGCCAAAGAAAACCCGAAGUUGGCUCAAAAACUUCAUGAUGUGUUGCUUGAAAGCGGUGUUAUUGCUCCCCCGAAUCUGUUUACAGAAAUCUAUCAAGAUCACUUAGAUGCAUCAACAGCUGAGGCUAAUGCCCAAAAAGAUUACGCGGGUGAAACUAAAGAAGGCUCUGGAAGUGGAAACCGAGAAAAUAGAGGCCAAGAUGAUAUUGCUCGGCCUUCCUUUCUUCCUCCUUUACCACACCACAAGGUACACACGAAAACAAACUCUCCUGGUCAACAAGAGCUUCUAAAACUUGUUGAAGGUUUAGGGGUAAACCUUGGACGUGAUAAUCGAGAAAUAACAGGACACGUUAUUUCAUCACCAGCCGAAAUAAAUCCAGCGAAAUAUGGUAAAAAUGUCCCUGUUGCUGCUGCUGCAGCAGCUGCAGCAGCUGUUGUUGCAUCUUCGAUGGUUGUUGCUGCAGCAAAGACAAGUGCUGAUUCAAAUCUCGAACUUCCUGUAGCAGCAGCAGCCACUGCUACGGCUGCAGCUGUGGUUGCAACAACUGCAGCUGUCAGUAAGCAAUACGAGCAGGGUAUGCGAAGUGAUGGUGACACAGAUAGCGGUGGUUAUGAACCCCGAGGUAGUGGUGACCGUGAACAUGAUGCUGUCGUGGGAACAAAUUCAGAAGGCGAGAGAGUAUCGGAUAAGUCAGUAGGUAACGAUAGCUCGAGAUCUGACUCAAUUGACGAUGUUGCUGAGUGUGAGAUUCCGUGGGAUGAAAUCACCAUGGGUGAGCGUAUCGGACUUGGAUCCUAUGGGGAGGUUUACCGUGGAGAGUGGCAUGGAACUGACGUUGCUGUGAAGAGGUUCCUUGACCAAGAUAUUUCAGGCGAAUCACUCGUCGAGUUCAUGAAAGAGGUUCGAAUAAUGAAAAGACUCAGACAUCCCAAUGUUGUCCUGUUCAUGGGCGCUGUGACACGAACUCCAAAUCUUUCGAUUGUUACGGAGUUUCUUCCAAGAGGUAGUUUAUAUAGGUUACUUCAUCGGCCUAACAAUCAAUUAGAUGAACGACGGCGUUUGAGAAUGGCUCUUGAUGCUGCUCGGGGAAUGAAUUAUUUGCACACGUGCUCGCCAGUGAUUGUACAUCGCGAUUUGAAGUCCCCGAAUCUUCUCGUCGAUAAGAAUUGGGUAGUUAAGGUCUGUGAUUUCGGACUGUCUAAAAUUAAGCAUAGCACAUUUCUCUCUUCGAGGUCCACUGCAGGAACGGCUGAAUGGAUGGCUCCCGAAGUGUUACGAAACGAACCUUCCGAUGAGAAGUGUGAUGUUUAUAGCUUCGGGGUAAUAUUAUGGGAACUUUCUACAAUGCAACAGCCGUGGGGCGGAAUGAAUCCAAUGCAAGUUGUUGGUGCAGUUGGAUUUCAACAUCGUCGUCUCGAUAUUCCAGACGAUAUGGAUCCUGCUAUUGCGGAUAUCAUCCGAAAAUGUUGGCAAACAGAUCCAAGAUCAAGACCGACAUUUUCCGAGAUCAUGGCAGCUCUGAAGCCGCUACAAAGGCCGAUAAACAACAGCGCACAAAUUCCUAAACCCGGUGCAUCAAUGGGACGCGAGAGAGUUCAUCAACCCCCACGAGUUUCGGAAGAACCUACCGACUAAAAAGAACGAUUUUUUUUUCUUCUUUUCUUUUUCUCCUUAUCUGACUGAACAUGGGUUUUGUUCCAACCAAGUAAUGCUGAGUCAAUUUGCAGGUUGUUUGGGACACAAGUGAGAAAGAAAACGUUUGAAGAUCAUAUGAGAUAACAAAUACUCAAAAUUUGAGAUUGUGAUUCUUUUUUUUGUUCCUUUGUAUUCUUACUAGGGCAUCCAUUCUCAAGGGUGUGCUUUCAAUGUAAAAAAUUAAAAAAAAAAAAGGAAAAAAAAAAAGUUCAAAUGAAUUGUUGUAAUCCAUGUUUGGAAUUUUUGGUGUCUUUUUAAA